AUGGAUGCAUCUGGCAAAAAGAAGUGGCGCAUUGUCGUAGAUUAUAGGCGACUUAAUGAUGUGACCAUAAAUGAAGUUUAUCCUAUCCCAUUAAUUAGCGAUAUAUUAGAUCAAUUAGGACAUUCUAAAUAUUUUUCGACACUUGAUUUAGUUUCCGGCUUCCAUCAAAUUCCUCUCAAUCCUAACGAUGCUGAAAAGACUGGUUUUAUAGUAAUCAACACAAAUGGCAUUUCCGGUCAUUUUCAAUUUAAUCGCAUGCCCUUUGGAUUAAAAGGUGCUCCUAGUACGUUUCAACGUCUCAUGAACACCGUCCUUUCUGGUCUCCAAGGUCUCCACUGUUUCGUCUACUUAGAUGACUGUAUUAUUUAUAGCCACGAUCUUCAAAGUCAUAUGGAAAAAUUACGUCUUGUUUUUGAUAGGUUUCGAGAUUUCAAUUUGAAACUACAACCAGAUAAAUGCGAGUUCUUUCGACGCGAAGUCACUUAUUUAGGUCAUGUAAUUACUGACAAAGGUGUCUCACCUAACCCUGACAAGGUAAAAUCAGUAUCCAAUUAUCCUAUUCCCAAAAAUCCCAAGGAAAUUAAAUCAUUUCUAGGUCUUGUAGGUUACUACCGUCGAUUUAUAGAUAACUUAUCAAAAAUAACAAAACCCCUUACGUCAUUAUUAAAAAGGGAUGUUUAUUUUAAUUGGACACAAGAACAAACCCAAGCUUUCAAUUUGUUAAAGGAAAAAUUAACUUCAGCUCCUUUACUUUAA